AGCUGAGGAGGAUAUGAGGAGCAAUCGUGGACGAGGACUCAGUCCGACCUUGUCUGGCUCACACAGUCCCGCGCCAGGUUGUGCGUAAACGUUGCUAAAACACUUGGCGGCGUUUAAUGCCCCUUCAGGCGCGUACAACUUUGGCUCUCAUUCAUGUUUUUAUUCGCAACACUUCCCCGUCUGGGUGAUGUGCACAGGAAUAGAUCAGCACUACUCCAACCUCUUCCGCAUAUUGGAUUUCUAUGCAAAGAGAAGGUCGCCAGUGUCCCACCAAGGAUUCGGCAAAUGAAGAUUGCUGUUAGCAUGGACUCACUAUUGUUUGACUUUUAAAACGUUUUUUUUUUUUUCCUGCGCAGUUUUGUUCCGGUGGAUUUUUCUUCAACUCACGAAGCAUUUGCUCCAUGUGUGGGAUUACGCGCUGUAUCGGUUAUAUUAAAAUAUAAUCGACUUUUGAAGAAGCCUGUGCAGAGCAGUGAGCGGUGUACAGUGCACACAGUCGAUCACGAUGCAUUUGAUUUAGGACACCCUCUGUAAAUACAAAGUGCCAAAUUAAGCCGUAAUGGCGAACGAGUGUAAUCGCAAUAUUGUGGAAAAGUAUAUCUGCCAUAAACUCACAAAACACGGCUACGUGUGGGAAUUUGAUGAUGUCCGGGAUGAAGAUGCUGCUAAUAACGGGUCAAUAGUUGCCCCUCCGCCGACUUUGGUCCGCCGGUGCCAUGAAGCCAGCACCGGGCCCGACAACGAGAGCAUCCCCCACCUCUGCAAGCGGCUCCCCCAGUCCGACCCGCACGCCGCCAUCCACAGAGUCCUGCGCGAGGCUGGAGAUGAACUUGAAAGGUUGUACCAGCCGGACUUCACGGAGAUGUCGCGGCAGCUGUAUCUCACCUCCAACACGGCGCAAAGGAGAUUCGCCGAGGUGAUAGACGAACUGUUCCGGGACGGGGUGAACUGGGGCCGGAUUAUCGCUUUCUUCGAGUUCGGGAGCACGGUGUGCGUGGAGUGCGCGGCCAAGGAGGAGAUGACAUCGCAGGUGGACAACAUCGCGGACUGGAUGACGGAGUAUUUAAAUGGACCUCUUUACAGCUGGAUACAAGACAACGGGGGAUGGGACGCUUUUGUGGAGCUGUAUGACAGACAGAGGGACUCAGUCUUCAGUAGCACCUGGCCCUCCAUCAAGACAGUCUUCGGUCUGGCUGCGCUCGGGGCAGCGAGCCUCACCAUCGGAGCAUAUCUCACGCAGAAGUGAAUGAGUCCUCUUUUCUAUCAGCUCAACUCCAUCCUCAACCCUCCCUCCUAUUCCUCUUCCUACUUUUCUGUUUCCUUUUAAAGAUGCCCCUGACCCCUCAGAGACAACCUUCAGACUUCCGAAUCUGGCUCUCUUCAAAGCCUUAUCACAAAAAAACUCCCCUCUUCCUCGCCCCUUCGUGUCAAAACAGACACAAAUCAAAACAACUAAAGGAACCAGAUGCACAGCCCGUACAGAGCAAAGGACAUCUUGAAAACUGGCAGCUUAGAUGUAAUCACACUAAGCUGAGCACAACUGAGGAGAAAAGGAGGGAUCAGUGGCAUGCAUCUGUUUUUCGUUUGUUUUGUUUUGUUCUGCCUGCUUCUGUACUAGUUAUAGCAUGAACUUUGAGUGUUAGUGUAGACGUUGCAUGUGUCGGUGUGGCGAAGGAGAACUCAUGCGGGACCUCCAUUUGGAGGCCUCGGUGAUGGGGGUGCAGGGACAAUGAUGAUGACGCCCCACACCGAAGAGGAAGUGGCCACAGCCCCGCCCCUGCUUGUUAGGGUGAAGAACCCCGUUUGAACUGUGGACUCCAGUUACCCCCCCUCCCCACCCUGCAGCCGUCCUUCAAAGGACUUCCUCCACAGAACAGCUGCUCAGAAUGUAUAAUGGAAACAGCUUGCUACAACCAGCGCGGUGUGUGUCUACUGAUUUCCCUCUUCAGACAGCUCCAGUGAGCUCUCAACACACAGCACCAUUAUACUCUCCCUGGACUUUAAUAAAGGAUGGGCCAGCAGAGUGGAGGACUGAGCUUUCUUUUGCAGAGUUUUCAAACGUCCUCGAUUGCGAGGAUUCUUACAUUGGUUUUUAAUUUUUGCAGCGCGCCAAACCCCAAUUACUGUGGUUUUAAGAGACAAAAAGAGGAGAAUGGAAUUUUUUUUAAGGAUGAGAAACGUGUAGAAGAAGCCUGUUGUUGUAGAAGUAAAUGUUGUAUGUUGCUGAGAGAAAGGUUGAGCACAGCACAAAAGAGCGAAGUAAACUAAACAUUGUAUUUAGCAUCUUAAGAAGGGAGCAACGUAAAUGGAAGAGAUUUUAAGUGUGGAUUCCUCAAGUAAGUGAACAAGAUUGCUCCUCUGCCCUGAAAACUCAAAUAAUCACUGGCCUUACUAUUAGCACCCAGUAAUUCUAAAAUCUAUCACUCCUUUUUUUUUAUUUUCUACCUCUGUUACUCUUCACUUACUCCAUUUGUGGUCAGAUUGUUUGGGCUCACCCAGGUUCACCCAUCUGUCCUCCAGCUGCUGAGGCCCCACAGUGACUCUUUAAUGCUAGAAUCCACUCUAACAAAGACGGUUGUUGACGUGGACUGAGAAAAACCCUCGCUUGGUCUCUCUCGCCGCAGUCUGGCUGUGCGGAACACCACGGUAACAGGGUUUCAGUUCAGGACUAAAGCCAGUGUGUGUGUCCCGCGUGCUGGAACCUGAGAUGUCCCCUCUCUCCGGCUGCAAAUGCAACAUUGAUUUGUUCCUUUCAGUCUGUUUUAUUUUAAUUGAUGUUUGUCUUGUGUUACAGUCUGACAGAACAUUUUUGGAAAUGGCUCCGACAUAUUUUGUUGUAUAGCAAGUUGCUUAUGGAAAAGUGAUUUUUUUCUUCUCUCUGUUGUUAAAAAUCUUUGAAUUCUUCGCUGCAUGGAUGAAAGAUACUGUCUUCACACGAUGAAUAUUCACUAUGUGUAACCAUAUUUAUAUCAGAAUGGUGUAGAAGAUAACAAAUAACAACAAAGGAGUUGCAUUUUCUAUUUAUUGAGAGGUACCAAAUCACAGAUUUUUUUAACAGUACUUUGAAAAAAAAUCAGUUGUUUUCACUUUUUUUUCUAUUCUAUGGAAUCACACUGUAACUACAUCAUUUUUCUGGCUGCUAUUGUAACAAAAAAAAAAAAACAACAACAACAACAACAAAAGUUUAAAGGUGAAUUUCUGUGUGGUAUUAAUAUUGGCUUAAGGCUGCUAUACUGUUGAUUUCACUUUUACUUACAGCUUAAACUGCCACAAAUUUACAGUAGUAUAAUUCUAGAGAGCUGGAAACCAAAGUUAACUUGUAUUAACCUUUAAUUUAAAAAACAAACAAACAAACAACUAAAGUAGCUUAAGGAGAAUACAUGUGGCUUCACUUUGACUUCACUGAGAGUUUGUUCAGUGAGGUUUCGUGAUCUCUCUGUAGAGGGUUUGUCUAGUGUUACUGUACUAUAUCCGCUUAACUUUUAUCAACUUUGUGCUGGAAUGAUAACUCAGUGCUUAUCUGUAAAAUGUUGACCUGCCAGACCUAAACCUUGUCUCAGUUAUCACUAUAAGCAAUCUCAUUACAGCGGCUCAUGCUGUGUGAUAUUCCCAGUGGUGUGUGUGUAAGAGAGAUGCAGAGGGUGAUUUGUGAGCAGGAAUAGGAACAGUUUAACAGCAAUAUACUGUAAUUUUUAUAUUCUUUGUGCAUUAUAUGAAUGUAGGCACUAUGGUUGCUGUACUGUUUUCUGUCUAUAAUCGCAAACCUGUAGCACUUAAAAAAAAAAAAAGUGAAAUGUGUUUCUGUUGUUUACUGCUAUAUCCACGAUAAGCUAGUGGGAUCAUAUUGUUCCUAAUAAACCAGAUUUCUCAAGCA